CGGCGGGGCGGGGCGGACAUAGGCCACGCCCUCCGGGGGAGCUUUAAAAGGCGUUCGGCGCGCGCCAGCCGCCGCUCCUGGCUCGCUGCGCGCUCCCUCCGGCCCGGUCUCGCUGGCUCCGCCCGCGGUGCGUGCGCCCGCCUCCGACUCGAAAUGCCUGUCUGGGGAGGUGGAAACAAGUGUGGGGCCUGCGGGAGGACUGUGUACCAUGCUGAAGAGGUGCAGUGUGAUGGGAGGAGCUUCCACCGCUGCUGCUUUCUGUGCAUGGUUUGCAGGAAAAAUUUAGACAGCACGACAGUGGCAAUUCAUGAUGAGGAGAUCUACUGCAAAUCCUGCUAUGGAAAAAAGUAUGGACCAAAAGGCUAUGGUUAUGGCCAGGGUGCUGGCACGCUCAACAUGGACCGUGGUGAGAGGCUGGGCAUCAAACCAGAGAGUGUUCAACCUCACAGGCCUACAACAAAUCCAAACACUUCAAAAUUUGCUCAGAAAUACGGAGGUGCUGAGAAGUGUUCCAGAUGUGGGGAUUCUGUAUAUGCUGCCGAGAAGAUAAUUGGAGCUGGAAAGCCCUGGCACAAAAACUGUUUCCGAUGUGCCAAAUGUGGGAAGAGUCUGGAAUCAACAACUCUGACCGAGAAAGAAGGUGAAAUCUAUUGCAAAGGAUGCUAUGCCAAAAACUUUGGCCCCAAGGGAUUUGGCUAUGGCCAAGGAGCAGGAGCCCUUGUUCAUGCUCAAUAAAGGUGUUAACCCAGAACUAAGCAUCACACACUGAGAAUCUCUUCAUAAUCUAGACAGAUAAUCUUGUAACACUACACUACUGUGAAAUUCUACCAGCUUGAAGUGCUGUAUAUUAUCCUGUAUUUGGAUAGGCUAACUCGUAGGAAGAAAGCACUGUAUCUAUCCUUUUACUUAAUUCACCAGCAUUUUCAGGAACCAAUUCUUUUAUGUUUUAAAUAAAACUUCAACUUUA